AAUAUGCCACAUUUCCAGGGACUCAUGGCUGACAGAGGAGCUACGACAAUGCUCAUCAUAGCUCUCAUAUUGAUGAUACUUUACACAUUUGCACCAUGCUCUGGGGCAAAUGUUAAAAUUGGUGUCCCUGAGAACUACGAUGGUAUUUUUCCAUGGUAUCUGGCCAAGCUCCAUAGCCUGCCAGGUAACUACAGCGACCUGGUGGUAGGCGGGGAUGAUGAGGGGAUAUUCGGAGUCGACGCUCAGUUUCUGUACGCUCUAAAACCACUGGACAGAGAGAAACGGCCGUCUUACUCUCUGCAGGUGUCCUUCAGAACAUCAGAGCACCGUCAGAGCUUUACUGUCGAAGUGUGCGUCAUCGACAAGAACGACAACGUGCCCACUUUUAUAGAGGAGAGCAUGAGGGGCAGCGUGCAGCUUGGGCUUCUCAAAGGGAUCCCAUUCAUGCAGGUGGAGGCACUGGAUCGUGAUGACCGCAACACUGCCCACGCUGAGCUGCGGUUCAGCCUCAUGGAACAGACACCCAGGAUUCCAUCCAGCCAAAUGUUCUUCAUCAGCUCCAUCACUGGAGAGGUUUCCCUCACGGAGGAAGGAGCCUCUACUCUGGACCCAGAGAUGUGUGGCCGCUAUAAGCUCUCAGUGAUGGUGAAGGACAUGGCUGGGAAGGCAAAUGCUUUCUUCACCUCCGGCAUUGUUACUGUCGAGGUGACUGGAAACACGUGGGCAUCUCCCGACCCUGUACGACUUCAGGAGAACCUCCCGGGCCCCUACCCCAUCCCCAUCUCACAGGUCAAAUGGAGUGGAAGUCAGGCAGAGUACAGUUUGGAGGGGGAGUUUCCAGAGAUGCUCUUCACCAUCAGCAGAGAAGGAGUCAUUUAUCUCAAUGCCCCUCUGGACAGAGAGACACAAGACCAGUUUCAGAUCAGCAUUGUGGUUGAGCGUCCAGAUGGCAGAGAGAUUGCCAAGCCUGUGGAGUUGAGGGUGAUGGUGGGCGACGCCAAUGAUAACAGACCCACCUUUCCAGAGGCACAGUACCACACAGUGGUCAAGGAACUGGCUGCUCGAGGGACAGAAAUCCUGACAGUGCAGGCAGCCGAUAAUGACGAUCCCAAGACGGACAAUGUGCGGAUCUUCUACCGUUUAGUUGGACAAAUUCCAGAGAGCCCUCGUGCCCUCUUCAGAGUGGACCGUGACUCAGGGGUCAUCUCCGUCCAAGCAGACAGUAUGGAGGGCACAGCACCUCAAUACACCCUCACCAUCACUGCUGAGGAUGCCAAAGGUCUUAACAGUUCGUGCACUGUGUUUGUGACGGUGCAGGAUGAGAACAACAACCCGCCACUCUUCUCCCAACAUGAGUAUGGGCCCUUUCACAUUCCAGAGGACGCUUCAGUGGGCACCACAGUAACAGCUGUGCUGGCAGGGGAUGCAGAUGUUCGAGGAGGAGACAGCUGGAAGGUGGAUUACCGUUUAGAGUCUGGGAACGAGGAGGAGGUCUUUACCUUAGUGACAGACAAGCAGACCAAUGAGGUCUCACUCAUCCUUUCAAAGGUCUUGGAUUUUGAGCGGGAGAGUGAGUAUAUCCUCGUGCUCAGUGCUCAGAACCCAGUGGCUUUGGUCCGUGGCCGAUACGGACCUGCAUCCACGGCAACAGUCUCCAUCUAUGUCGACGAUGUGAAUGAAGGUCCAAUCCUGUCUCAAAGCCAUUAUGAGGUGACUGUCAGAGAGGGCGAGGAACCAGGACGGGUUAUCGCCACCAUCCGAGGUUACGACCCUGAUUCUCACCCAAUCAGAUAUUCUCUUCAAGGAGACACCAAGAAAUACUUUUCAAUAGGGAAGUAUUCUGGUGAACUGAAGACAGUGCAAGCCUUGGACCGAGAAGAGAACAGCACAUACACCAUGGAGGUCAUUGCUGUGGAUGGGCGAAACUCUUCCUUAUCUGCGUCCACCCUGGUGACUGUCCAUAUCCUGGAUGUGAACGACAACAGUCCAGUGCUGGUUGGAGACUAUUCCUGGAAGUACCUGUGUACGCCUCGAUGGGAGGAACAAGCUCUGGUGCUGGCCUCGCGGGACAGUGAUGGGCCACAGCACGGAGGACGACUCAACUUCUCCCUGCGCAGUGAUGCCACAGUCCGGCGUAACUGGAAGCUAACACCUAUAAAUGAUACUCACACCAACCUGUCCUUAAACACCCCAUACCUGGCCCCUGAGGUCUACACUGUGCCCUUCACCAUCUCUGACAGCAGCUCUCCUCCCAGGAGCACCUUCAUAAACUUGCCAGUGACAGUGUGUCCCUGCAAUGUCAGAGGGAACUGCAAAAUGGCUGCCAAGCAAUUGCAGGGCAUGCCAACUAUUCAGUCUGCAGUGGGGAUUCUGCUUGGCACCUUUGCAGUCAUAGGGACUAUCCUCAUUGUUGUGUUUGUGAGGCUGUCAUACCAGAAUCCCAGACAGCCAAGCAAAACUAGCCAGGAGAGAGUUCCCCUGAAGAUUUCAAUCUAAUUAGGAUUACACUGUAUUGUAUGUCCUGCUCACUGCCUCAGCCAACUGGACCAAUGUAACAAUGUUGCUUUCAGGGCACUGAAUUCAUUAAGUGAAUGUCUAAAAAUGAAUUUGGUUUCGGUUAUUGGAUCAAAGUUCAGAUGUACACUGAACUAGACUGUAGAGUCUAGGGCCAUGGUUUGGAAAAUUGAGAGAUUUGGAGACUAAAGGUAUAAUAUUAAAAGAGAAAAGUUGCUAUGUUUCAAGAAUAAAGUUGUAAUUUUGUAGUUUAAAGUCAUAAUAUUAAAAAAGUUGCAAGAUUUUUAGAUGACUUAUUGACCUUUUCUUAUUAUA